GAAUAGAAGUAGCUAAGCUAAUAUUGAACGGUCUCUCUCUAUGUUCUCUGAUCCACAAACGUAAUCAGCAAUGGUCGUACUAUCACUACCGAAUAAACCAAGCAAUCCCCUAAUUUUAAAGAUUCCUUUUUUUCUCUUUCUUCCCUUCCCAAAAAGCUGAUUUCACCUCCUCUAUUAUUAUCCCUUUUUUAUUUUAUUCAUUUCAAUUUCCUCAAUAAAACCUUCUCAUAAAUUUUUGGUUCUAAUAAAGCAAGAGAGAGAAAAAAAUCUCAAUCCAUUUCAAUCUUCCUCCAUUUCCACAAAAAUUACUUGAAAAUUUUAUCUCUAUAAUCACCAAAAAUUCUAGAUGAAGAGGGAACACCCCUUUUCUGAGAACAAUCUAGAUCCUUCCACCGGAAAACCUCCGUUAGGUAAGUCAAAGAUGUGGGAAGAUGGAGCUCAGAACGAUGCUGGUGUUGAUGAGUUGCUUGCCGUUUUGGGGUACAAGGUUAGGUCAUCAGAUAUGGCGGAAGUUGCUCAGAAAUUGGAGCAGCUUGAACAAGCUAUGGGGAAUGUUCGUCAAGAUGGACUUCCUCAAUUUGGUUCUGAUACUGUUCAUUAUAAUCCAUCAGAUCUGUCUAAUUGGUUAGAAUCCGUGAUUUCUGGGUUCAAUCCAGCUACCAGUUUUGAUACUUCUCCUUCAAUUGGCUCAAUCGUAGAUCCGAUUCGAAACCCUUCUCAAAAUUCUCAAGUUUUUACCGACCCGUAUUCGGAUUAUGAUCUUAAAGCUAUUCCAGGUAAAGCUAUCUUAACUCCUCCAAAACAAUCAUCAUCAUCAUCUAGCAGUAUGCUCAUUAAUGGCGGCAAUAAUAACAUUAAUAAUAAUAAUAAUAAUAGUAACAGCAGUAAUAGCUUGGUUAGUAUAACAACUAGUAGUUCAUGUUCAUCACGAGAGGCUAAAAGAUUAAAACCCUCUAGUUAUUCAAACAUGGAUAUAGCUGUAUCCGGAUCUGGGUCUGGAUCUAGACAAGUUUUACUGGUUGAUUCACAAGAAAAUGGUAUAAGAUUGGUCCAUACUUUGAUGGCUUGUGCUGAAGCACUUGACCAACAAAACAUGGCGUUAGCUGAAGCUCUUGUGAAACAAAUAGGGUUUUUAGCUGCAUCUCAAACCGGAUCCAUGAGAAAAGUUGCGACAUAUUUUGCUGAAGCUCUUGCAAGAAGGGUGUAUAAAUUAUGUCCUGGAGUUCCAUAUGAUGAUAAUUUAUCAGAUAUGUUACAGAUGCAUUUCUAUGAAACAUGCCCAGAUCUUAAAUUUGCUCAUUUCACUGCAAAUCAAGCCAUUUUAGAGGCUUUUAGCGGCAAAAAACGGGUCCAUGUAAUCGAUUUCAGUAUGAAAGAAGGUAUGCAAUGGCCGGCAUUGAUGCAAGCUUUAGCUCUUCGACCUGAAGGUCCUCCUGCUUUCCGGUUAACCGGAAUCGGACCUCCAUCGCCGGAUAACUCCGACCGGUUACAAGAAGUUGGUUGGAAAUUAGCCCAAUUCGCUGACUCGGUCCAAAUCCAGUUUGAAUACCGUGGAUUUGUAGCCAACAGUUUAACCGAUCUGGAAUCUUCUUUGCUUGAUCUUCGACCAGAUUCCGAAGUUGUGGCGGUUAAUUCCGUCUUUGAAUUACACCGAUUACUAGCUAAACCAGGAGCGAUUGAGAAAGUUCUGGGUUUAAUCAAAGAAGUAAAACCCGUAAUUGUAACAGUUGUUGAACAGGAAGCAGACCAUAACGGACCCGUUUUCAUAGACCGAUUCAACGAGGCACUCCAUUAUUACUCAACACUUUUUGACUCAUUAGAAAGCUGUGUUGAUAGCCAAGACAAGAUGAUGUCGGAGGUAUAUCUUGGCCGGCAGAUAUGCAACGUUGUAGCAUGUGAAGGAACUGACCGAGUUGAGCGACAUGAAACACUGAGUCAAUGGAGAACUCGGUUCAACUCAGCUGGGUUUAACCCAGUUCAUAUUGGUUCAAAUGCAUUCAAACAAGCAAGUAUGCUGUUAGAUUUCUUUGCAGGUGGGGAUGGGUAUGGUGUGGUGGAGAAUAAUGGAUGUCUGAUGUUGGGUUGGCAUAGUAGGCCAUUGAUAACAACUUCUGCUUGGCAACUCGCCAAGAACUCAGUAACUCGGGGGGGAGUCAACUCGUGACUCAGUGAAGAUGAUAAGGAUGAAAGGAAUGGUUUGGUAAACAUGAAGAGGUGGGGCCAUACCUAACCAAUGGACAGCCCAUCAGUGUAGAGGGAUUGAUGUGAUGAGCUGGAGUGUUAGUGAUGGUGGGGCCUACCAAUGUCUCAAUUCCCGAUUCACUACUAUUACUACUAGACUAUGACUAUAUCACCAUGAGUAGUAGUACUCUAUUUGGAGUAGUGUCUUUUCUUCACUUUUCAAUCUUUUUUCUCCACCUUAUAAAAUUCCACUUUUUAUUUUUAUUUUUAUUUUUAAGUUUAUUAAUAUUAGGAGUAUCUUUUUAUUUUUACUUUUUUGGUGUAUUUUGGUUUUAAUUUUGGGUGUCUUAAGUCUCAAGGAAAAAUGAUGUUGUGAGUGGUUUGUUGGUGAAGGUGAAUUUUACUAUGAGGUGAAAAACUUGUAUUUAUAAGAUGGCCUUUUGCAUUUGUCAUAAUAAUAAAAAUGAAGGCUACCUUUUCUUUUUCA